CAGCACAUGCUAGCGUCGCCCCCACCCCUCCUCCUCCCCGCCCCAGCGUGCCGCUCCGUCCGCGCUCUUCUGAAGUGUCACUGCUUGUGCCUGCUAGGCAAUGAGUGUAUGCCGCAUUUGAAUCAAGGCAAUUUGGCUUCUGGAAGACAUGUGGCGACCGUGUACGUUGUGCGCGGUGAUGCUGUUUUUGCUGUUUUCAGAAACUGUGCAUGCAACAGGCAGUAAUGGAAGUAGUAGUAAGGGAGUAACCAGAGUGAGACCCAGUCGAGGCUAUUAUGGAGACAGUAUUUAUGAACAGAAUCGGACUGAAAUGGGGAAGAAAGAGAAGGCUACUGUGAAGCCAAGUACAAAGUAUAAUGGGAAAAAUCACGGUUUAUCAGCAUGGGGAAUUGUUGGUAUAGUGCUGACUGUUAUUCUUUGUGGUGUAGGGGUAUAUUAUAGCUUUUUGUUUUAUCCUCUUCUUUGUAAGAAAGAGAGAAAAUAUGAUGUCAUUGAAUUGAAUGCUGUAUGAACUAUAAUGUGGUGUACUUAAAUGUUUAAGAUACAUUUAGGUUGAUUGAAGUUUUAAUUCAAACAUACUUUAUACAGUUUUGAAAACAAUAUGCCAAAUUUUUAUUGAAUGAACUUUUUUAAUGAAUUACAGAAUUAAGAUAUUAUUAGGAGAGUUGUGAAUUGAAGCAAAGUUUGUGAGUAUUUACUUAUAAAUUUUAAUAUUUUUUUUUUAACAAAGUAAUAUUAGCAUAAAUUAUGAUAUAUGUGAAUAAUCUCAAACAGUGUUCACAGUUUUUAUUUACUUGCAUGUGAAUAACUGAAUUGAAUGACAAACCUGAAUUGACAAACCUGUGAUAACAAUUCUGGGUACUUUAGUGGGUGUUGUAAUGAUAUGCCAUGUAUGUCUAACAUUUAAAACAUAUUUAUAAAGAGGUUGAUUGUGAUGAGAUGAUUAAGAAAGCAGCCUUUGGUUGAUUGUAGCUUGCAGAAUCCUUUUUGUCGGCAAUUUUAUGUUUAUUUUAUUAUAACUUAUCCCUCUUAAGUACUUAAAAAUUUAACUUUCAGCAAAGAGAUUUCAAUUUGUUACAAGAGUUGGAUGAAGCCUAAAUUUAAAAUGUAAAAUAAAUGAAAUAUGUGAAAAUUUAAAGGGUAAAGUGAAGAUGGUUUGAUAUUAAGCACAAUAACAUUGACAACAAUUCAUAUUUAAUAGUUAUAUUUUGAUUGAGUAGUCACAUUUUCAUAGUUUAUAUUUAUCAAAUCUACAGUUCCAAACAAGAGGUUUCCAGAAUAAAUGUUUUAAUGAUUCAAGGAUGAGAGUUCAUAUGCAAGUAAAUACACAAUAUUGAUAUUUAUUUAAACUUCUGACUUUUCUAUUAUAUAUUUUUCAUUGAACUGUUCUGUGUGAUACAAUAUUUAUUUAGUCAUAUGUUAUGGUACUCCAUAUGUGUGAUAUUUUUGGAAUUGAUAUUGAAGAGAUCUUUAAUAUAAAUGUUUGUCAUUUACAAUAUGAAGAACAGUCAUAAAAAUAUUUCUGCUUGUAAUAUAUUACAAUUAGUUUUCAAACUUCACAUUUCAUGAUUUCAAUUUUAUGGUUUGGAGGAUUUAAGAGGAAUUAUUUGUAUAAGUUCUUGGAAAAUAUUAUUUACACUUAAUGUUGAUUUAAUUUUAUUUCUAGUACAUCCGAGAUCAGUGAAUAUUCGCUAGUAAACAGAAGCCAGAAAUAUAUUAUGACUGCAAUAAUCAGUAUUCUCAAUGCAGAUUUUAUUCCUUAAGCAUAUUCCAGUUAUCAGGUAUAUACAAUUGUAGCUACUAUUAAUAUGAAUAUUUUUGUUUGUUUGUAUACAUGUGUGUGCUUGCUUAAUUUACUUAUACUUUGAGGCAAGGUUGCAGUAUGAAAUUUUAUGUCAAUUGCAUGAUGUAUUUUCCAAGAUUUUAUGUGGUGUACAUUUUUAACCAUAUUUUUUAAACGUAAGAUUUGUUUUUAUGCUUUACUUUAGAUAUAAGAGGAUAGAGUUGGUUUUAGAGAAUAGUAUCAGAAUGAGUCUCAAUUUUGAAAUGUAUACACAUCAGGUACUUAAGUGUUUUGGGACCAUUAUAUUGUGUGUGUGUCUUUUCUUAUCACAUAUAUAGAAGGAAGUUUCAUAUUCAUAUCAGGUAAACGGCAAUGACCACUUAAAAUUAAUUUUUAUAUGAACAUGCGGCUUAUUAAAGAAUAGGUGUACUGCUUAGAAAAUUAUCUUUGGGGAUGGGGCUCCUCCUGAGGCGCAUUGUAAAGAAUGAAUUAUCUCUCUGUGGGCUCUAGAGUUUGGGAAGGUCAGUGAAUGUGGCUUCUGGGACUAUUCCAUUGUUAACAGAUGGCACAAAAUGCUGUAUGUGAGAGUUGUGUUCAAAGAGAGAAAUCAUCAAGGAAAGCAAAUGCAUAGUGACAUAUUAAACUAGGGAGAAGACUUAGCUAGUGUCAGCUGAGGGGUCUGGUAGUGCAGCUGUUUGAAUUUUUGCACAUAUGUAG